AUGCUGGCUAGUGGCCCUAUGCUACUGAAAGCAAUUAACUAUGAGAUAGGUUUAACUAUGUCUGCUUUGAUCUCUCUUUCCAACUUGUGUUAUUCUUGUCUCUCUCCCUCCUUUCAUUGCUCCUCGCACACAUCUGCCAGAGCGACUGAUCAGAUUCGCGCUAGGGCCCGCAAAUCCGAUUACACCUAUUACGCCGACUAUGUGAUUCCUGCUCCCGAACGCGAAUACAUGGGCGUAGACCAAUCGGGCCGACGAAUCGAGAAUCCUCGGCUCGAAUGGCCCAAUGAUGGUUAUGGAGUGGCUUCGUCUGGUUUAUACUUCCUUCUGAUGAUUGAGCGUAACCUCUGGACCUCGAGCAGUCAAGAUGCCCUCGACAUGGUUCACUGGUUGGCCAGUGAACGCAAUCACGUUGCUGGGUUCGCAAGCACUUUUGUAAGCCUGUCUGAAGCGGCUCAGAGAGAAAAUGUUCAUACGACUCACUUAACCUACUAA